CCUACCUUUUCUGCGAGUCGCCUCUUUGCCCUGACUCUGGAACACCAGCUAACCUAUCCCCAUUCUAAAAUCAAAUAGAGCAUCUGGAAAUAGUAUGACGCCAGACUCCGAAUUCACAGCUUCCUCUUCAUUCCAGAAUGUCGUGGUUUUCUAAGAGUAGAAGUUUAAAAGAGGAAGAAGGAGAAUAGGAGUAGACGACAUUAAUUGCUUCAAAGCCAAUAUGUCCACUUGCACAAUUCGAGGUCGGCUUUUUAUGUGUAGCCCCAUUACUUUUACGAUCUGAUACAGAAUAGAGCUAUGACUUCUGGAACUGGAAGACCAGAAACCUCAGAUUGCGUUGGGGAAUUUUCUCUAUCCGAAUUUCGUAAUUUCAUUUCGGGAGCGACUAGUACGCAGCGGGGACGGUAUGGUUUUCCCUCCGUUGGCAGUGGGCCUGGUGCUCCUCAGCAAGUGAAACCCAAAGAAAUUGUCAGGAGUGCAAUUUAUCUCUUGAAAACUCUCCCUUUGGCGAGAGAUGCCGCUCUCAUAUAUCUGUCUGGUCUCUUUGAUGCAUCUGUUACUCGAUACGUCUCACAAUUGCAGACCCUGCAGCCUUCCCAAGGAGGAGUGUCGGCAUCAUCACGAUCGAACGAGGAGGAGUUGGAAGAUGCAGCAAUUCAAGAAGUCUUGGAUACACUUUCAGGAUUCUUGUGGGAAAGCCCUCAUUGGGCACCCAUUAUCUCAUCCUGGUCUAUGGAUCUCCUUGGGGAACUGUCAUGCAAGUAUGCAUCUAGGGCACAAUUCCAAUUGGGUGGAGGGCUGAAUGAAGAACUUCAGGUGUGGUUGUCAUGCCAAGUGACCCGGUCUCUCAUUGAUCUCACUGCCCAGUGCUUCUCUUCUCAACUCUCCUCUCAAUCAGAUGCUUCUAUCACUGCAUUACUUGACACAAGCAUCAAGCACAGUCCCCAUUUUGAUUGGGUGGUUGCACACAUUGGCAGCUGCUUCCCACAGACUAUCAUAAGUCAGGUCCUUCAAUGUGGCCACAAGAACUAUCACUUUUCUAUGAAUGGGGCCAGUGUCAGAGGAGAUAAGGUUGGGUCAGUAGUGGGAAUUCUGGGACACUUAGGUAGCAGUCAUUAUGGUGGCCUCAAGUCUGCACUUGUUCUCAUGUUCAGGGGAAUCCAAGAGGAUCCAUUGAAGGAAGAGAAUCUCUCUGUUGUACCCUACAUCAUUCAACUUUGUUCCAUGUCACAUCUUUUGCUCCAAGCUGCCACUGAUGACCUUCCACAGCUCUUGUCAAGAGAGAUGAUUGAAUGCCUGUCAAAGCAGGCUCCUCAAUGGCUGGGGAAGUAUUUCUCAACUGCCCCAGUCCUUAUUGGGAUGUUGGUCAACCUCCUCCUUCAAGUGGAAACAUCUGGCCCAGUACUCAUUCAGCUCCUUCUGGACCUGGCCAUCAAUCCACCUGGCAGGAAUAUCACCCUGCAGAACAUAAUUGGGGAGACAUCUCAUCUCCUGCUCAUGUACCUGAUCAAGGAGGCAUAUGGGCUGCUGCGGAGUCGAGGUCGAAUGACACAGAUGAAUCUAGGCCUUGUAUCCUCUGUCAAUAAUCCCCUCAUCAAGAGCUUCUGUGAUUCCCUUAAAAAUUUUCUCCCACUAAUGCUGGAUGAGUCCAUGGUGAGGGCAAAAUUUGCCACCAAGCUAAUGGCUGCUCUUGCACUCAUGCCUGGUAAUUGUGCAGCUGUCAAAGUACUCAAGUAUCUACUUGGACAUUCAUCAUCUGGUCAGCACCUUGGGAUCUUGGUGGAGAUGUUGAAAUGCAUUGAAGGCAUCUGCCCAAAUGCAUUUUCAAAUGCUCUUAGGGAAUCAUUCCAUGAACUUUCAGAUGGAAUGUCAUCAGGGCAAACACUGCAUAAUGUGCAUUCUCUUGUGGUGUGGGAGGCACAGAAUAUGGAAAAAGUCCAGAUUCAUUCUGGAAUUCGAUCUGGUAUUACAGAGCAUUUUUCUCAGCUGGUUGGUCUUUUGUAUUGUGAACAACUUGCCCAACCUACAGUUGAGAUCUUGGCUCUCCUUCCUUUUCCUAGUCAGCUCAAACUGCAUCAUGUGAUGAAGCUUGUCCAUGGACUUCUUCACUUCUUCUUCUCUGCUUUGGACUUUAAGUGCUUUGAGACAAAAGUUCUUGCUAUUCGUCGGACGGGAGAUCUACUUCAAGUGACCAGUGUGUUGUACCCAUUUGCACGAAACAUCAUCAUCCGUGGGCUCAUUGAGGGAGCAUUGAUUAGCAAGCACAAUCAAUAUUUUGGAGCACACAUUCACAUCCCAGUGAAGUCAUCUGACAUGAAACUGAUGAAGGAGAAUCAGAAACUUGGAUCAAGGGUCAUUCUUCCACACAGUCAUUCCUCUGUCUUCCAUGCUGGGGUUAUUGGUCAGGGACUCAAGAAUCAUGAGAAGAAAACUAUUUUCCUGGGAGAAGAGCUUCUCUGGAAUACUCAACUCCUCAUCAACACAAUUCAGAAAUGCAGUGAAGUGCAGCAGGGGGGAGGGAAAGGGGAAAAAGAAAGGGAGAAGACAGAUGAGGGGAACCUGUUAGACCUGGAACCUGUGGCUGGCCUCCUUGUGGAACUCCUCACUCCUGAUGUCCUCUACAAUGGAUUCCAAUGGCCUGAAGAAGACUUCAUCAAGGUGACAAUUGAGAGAGAUCUGGAGAUCUGCCGUAAGCUGGCUGAGCUCCCCAUUGUAUGGGACUUACUGUUUCUGGUUGCUUCCUACUAUCCAGCACUGCAUUGUUGUAGCAUCAUCCUCCGGGCUGUUGUGGCCAACCUCAUCCAGUUCUGGAGCACCAGGCAGGGUAGCAGGUCUCAAGAUUGGCCCAAGCAGGUGCAAGAGACCCAAAGGAUUAUCUAUCUCAUGGGCAGAGGCCAAUUACUACCUCUUCCUUUUUCUCUGGCACAUGAGAUCAUUCCUCUCCUUGCUCCUUUUGAGGUGCAUGGGAUCCUGUCAGACAUCUGGCAUUUCAUGCGGGAGAAUUUUCCAACUCCCAUCGUAGAUGGAUCCCGACUCCAUUGGCCAAGUUCCUCAUUGGCAUCACUCAGGUGCAACAGGAAGUUUACUGAGAAGCUGAGACUCAUUUGCAUAAAUAACAUGGACAGACUGGGGAUAUUUUACAGCAAACUUCUUCCCAUAGAGUAUGAGGCUUCCAAUAUGGAUUGUGGGGGAUGUUGAUCCUUACUGUAUGUUUAUUGGAGAAAUAAACCAGUAUCUGGUGAAAAGAUUA